AACUGGGAAAAGAGUAUAAGACAGUCGACGAAUCUAGUUGUGUUAGCGAUUGGGUUGUUAAACUUUCAAGUCAUCAUGGCCGCCACGAAAACUUUGGAUGACAAAACUAUCUGGGAAGGAGAUGAGUCCUUGGGGGAGGAGGUCCUUAAGAUGUCAACUGAAGAGGUUGUCAGUCGAACCCGGCUACUGGACAACGAAGUUAAAAUCAUGAAAAGCGAAGUAAUGAGAAUCUCUCACGAACUCCAAGCGCAAAAAGAAAAAAUAAAGGAAAAUGCCGAAAAGAUUAAAGUUAACAAGACCUUGCCUUACUUGGUUUCCAAUGUGAUUGAGCUACUUGAUGUUGAUCCCCAAGACCUCGGUGAGGAGGAUGGAGCAAACGUAGAUCUUGAUUCACAAAGAAAAGGAAAAUGUGCUGUUAUCAAAACAUCAACAAGACAGACCUACUUCCUUCCUGUUAUCGGGUUGGUGGAUGCUGAGAAGCUGAAGCCAGGAGAUUUGGUUGGUGUUAACAAAGAUUCUUAUCUUAUUCUUGAAACUCUUCCAGCUGAAUAUGACUCAAGAGUGAAGGCAAUGGAAGUGGAUGAAAGACCCACAGAACAGUAUUCCGAUGUUGGUGGGCUGGACAAACAAAUCCAAGAGCUAAUUGAAGCAGUUGUCCUUCCGAUGACUCACAAGGAAAGAUUUGUGAACCUUGGCAUCCAGCCACCCAAAGGUGUGCUUUUGUAUGGACCUCCUGGAACAGGAAAAACACUGUUGGCUCGUGCCUGUGCUGCUCAGACAAAAUCUACUUUUUUGAAGCUGGCUGGUCCGCAGUUAGUUCAAAUGUUUAUCGGCGAUGGUGCCAAGUUGGUUCGUGAUGCAUUCGCUUUGGCAAAGGAAAAAGCACCAGCUAUUAUCUUUAUCGAUGAACUUGAUGCUAUAGGUACUAAGCGUUUCGAUUCAGAGAAAGCUGGAGAUCGUGAAGUGCAGCGCACAAUGUUGGAAUUACUUAAUCAGCUAGACGGUUUUAGUUCCACAACUGAUAUCAAGGUAAUUGCUGCUACAAACCGAGUAGAUAUUUUGGAUCCUGCAUUGCUCCGUUCCGGUCGUUUGGAUCGUAAAAUUGAAUUUCCACACCCAAAUGAAGAAGCCCGUGCUCGCAUCAUGCAAAUCCAUUCCCGCAAAAUGAACGUCUCUCCCGACGUCAACUUUGAAGAACUGUCGCGCUCUACCGAAGAUUUCAAUGGCGCUCAGUGUAAAGCCGUUUGCGUUGAAGCUGGUAUGAUCGCCUUACGCCGCGAGGCAACUAUGGUCACCCACGAAGACUUCAUGGAUGCGAUUGUUGAAGUCCAGGCCAAGAAGAAGGCUAAUUUGAAUUAUUAUGCUUGAAUAAAUCGUCAUUUGUUUUGC